AGCCACUUUUGACUCAAGCCGCGGCGGCCCUGACCGUGAGCGCUCUACACCGCGGGGGUCAGUGCCCCUUGCAUACCCAUAGAAACACCAGCCCAGACUAGGUGGUCAGUCGGGCAGCAUCCCCCGCGCCACAUGGCCGGCAUGCUGCCCCUCGUCGUCCUGGGCGGGCGCGCGGUGGCCCUGGGCGCCGCGCCCUGCCGCCGCGAGGCGGCGCCAGUCCGCGAGGCCACCGAGCCCGGGGCGGGCCCCGAGCUGGGGGCGAGCCCGCCCCGGAAGCAGGAGGCCAUCGACUCCCAGAGCACCGUCGCGAGCGACGGCGCGGGCGGCUCCGAGGCGAGCGACUCGGACGAGCCGAGGACGACCGUGCAGCUGCGCAACGUGCCGCCGGCGUUCUCGCGGGCGAUGCUGCUGAGCCUGCUGGACGCGCAGGGCUUCCGGGCCCGCUACGACUUCGUCUAUCGUGCUGAGGACACGGUGGCGGAUGCCUUCGUGAACUUCCUGACCGCGGAGGACGCCUCGCGCUUCCGGUGCCUGCUGAACCUCCCUGGGCCCCCCGGCCUGCAGCGCGAGGGAGCCGGCUGCAGCACCACCUGGAGCCUCUGGCAGGGGCUCGCGGAGAACGUCCGGCGCUACCGCAACAGCCCCGUGAUGGGCAAGGGCGUGGCCGACGGCUUCAAGCCGAUCGUGCUCUCCGAGGGCAAGAGGGUCGCGUUCCCGCGCCCGACGAAGAAGGUGAAGGAGCCCCGCGUGCGCAAGGACCUGGUCAGGCGGACCGGUGGCCCGGAGGCCGCGCAGGCCUGAGGGCCAGGGCGCAGCCGGCCCGCUCUCCGGCGCAGCACACAUGAUGCCGCGGGCGGGCCAGCUGCCAGCUGGUCUCGCGGCGCCCGGUUUGGCGGGCGCUCGGGCCUGAGGCCUCCGCCGGAAGGGGGGGGAGAGGGCGUCCUCCUUUGCGGAGCCCCGGGGCAGGAAGGGUGGGCAUGAGGCCGCGCUUGCAGCGGUUUUUAUUUUCAUUUUGACGAACUCGGCCAAGACCUCGCGCGCCGUCACUCGGUGAUGCUAUGCAUCCCACAGGCCAUCUUCCCCUCGGCGUGCGACGCGCGCCCGGCUGCGGGGGUUCUGUGGCGCGUUGGCGCCGUGCCCCACAGCUUUGAGCGCAGCUCGCACGAUCAUAUCGUAAACGCCUUACGGCCGGUGCAGCCGACCUGAAAGGACGACAACAAC